AUGCCAGUCCAGCUCCUCCCUGCCUCGGCUGCCGCCUUCGCCCCCAGGGCCUCCUCGGUCAAUGUCGUGCUGGGCAACAAGGUCGAGCCUUGGCUGACGCAAACCCUGAAGCGAGUCAGUCGCGUAAAGCGCCCGCUCAACAGCGUUCCCCAGCACCAGAGAUGCCUGGCCGACCUGCUGUCGUCGCCCAACGCCAUCUGGACCCUUGCCUCGCUCAUGCUCCCCAACCUGGCCGACGCCGACCACCCCGACGCCGACCUCGACGCCGAUCCCGACAUGCCUGCCGAUCCCCUCGAGCACCACCUCCUCUUCAGCCAUCGCCUCGUCCACGUCGAAGCCUACAUUGUCCACGUCGACAUGGUGCUCCGCAACGAAGUUGCCUACAAGCUCACGCCCGACACCAUCGCUGCUCUGGUCGGCUACCACGAGCAGGUCCACUGCGUCGACGCCAAGGCCAACACGUAUGACUGGCCCGACAAGGACCAGCAGUGCCGCAAGCUGCACGACGACUUCGUCCAGGCCGUCAACAGGUUCGUCUAUCGCGCCCACGCCACCGCUCUGGAAGGCCUCGAGGAGGAGGGUGCCGGAGAGCUGUUGAUCGGCAAGAGCGACGAGGUCAAGUCCAGCCUCAUGGCUCUCAUGAAGCCUCUGCUGCCGCCGCCGCCGCCGCCGCCGCCGCCGCCCCCCGCGCUGGCGCCUCGCGUCGUCCAUCUCGUCCGCCAGCCUCCGCUGCUGCCCAGCUCUUCUCCCGCCAGUGCUUUCUGGUCGCAGCCUCCGCCAAGCAGCUCCCUCCCCGCAGUCGACGCCUGGCGAGUCCUGCCUUCGAGCCCAGGCCUGGCCACCUCGUCGGCCGAAUCCGAUAGCACGCCGGUGUGGACGACCCUGGGCAUGAGCGACGUCCAGAUGCCCUCCUCUCCUCCCGCCCUGGCCUUCACCCAGCCCUACUCGUCAAGCCCCUUCUACUUUGGUUCGCCGCCCAUCCAAGGUCCGAUGCUCGCAGCAGCGCUGCCUCUGCCCAGCAUGCUUGCCUCUUCUCAAUGCGGCGUGAGCGUGGGCGUGGGCGUGGGCGUGGGCAUGGGCGUGGGCAUGGGCAUGGGCAUGGGCGGCUUUGGCUGGGAUCGCUACCAGGAGUAUGCGACCAUCAUGUGA